AUGGAUGAAGAGUCAGUAAAGAAUAAAGAGAGCAGUUCAUCUAAAUUAGAUACUGUCAUAUGCCAGCGUAAUGACUUGUAUAAACGACUGGAAGCUGAAAGGGAAAGUCAUUAUAAAACUGUUUUAUUUGAGACUUUUAUAAAGCUUGAAAAUAGUGAUAAUAAGACCAAAGCUUCAAAGGAAUAUCUGAUUCUUAAUUAUACUGCACUUUUUAUUCGAAAAUUUCAGCUAUUAUCCAUCGUUCUCAUGAGUUUUGAAACUUCAGCAAAUAUUACUUUAGAAUCUUCUUUGAAUGGACUAUUAAAAUUGGUGCGAAUUGAUAUUCUUUGUAUUGACUUUAAUGCCGAGUCUGAAUUUCUAUUUAUCUUAUUAGCCAGUAUAUGAGGAUUAUUUAUUAGCUUUUCCUUGAUUUACUUCCAAAUUUAUAAUAAAAAGAGCAUUAUGCUAAAACCUUUCAUUUUUGUUGCUAAAUUAUUAGGAUGGGCAAUUGACAAUAUAUUUUUUAUUCCUUAUUUAUAUAGUGUGGGAAUUUAUACAAAAUAUACUUUUUUUAGUAAAUCUAUGGAAGUAAAAGAGUAUGAUAACACAAGUUCAUCUAGCUAUAGCACAUAUUGGGCAAUCCCCUUAAUUUUGGGAAUACCAAUUAUACUUCUAGCAAGUUUUUUUAGGACGAUUUAUUAUUGCAAUCCUUUCUACACAGUAAAGAUUAAAAGAAAUAGGAUGCAUUCAUCAGUAGCAUUAAAAGAUAUUUAUUUUCAAGUAAUCCUGGUUUUUUUGUCAUUUUAUGAUACAGAUUUAUUUUUCAAUAUUUUAUGUGUCAUGAUUUCACUUUUCAUGAUUUUUCAGUAUUUUAUAUAUAUGCCAUUUGUAGCUAUAUUUGAUAAUGUAUUUGAUAUAAGCACCUGGACUAUGAUUCUUUUUGGAGUAAUUUCACAUCAACUUUCAAUUCAUACUAGUGCUAAAUCAGUUCGAGCGUUAAUAAUGAUUUUUAUCUAUCCAUGCUCAUGGAUUAUUAUAUAUUAUUUUAUGAGCUGAUGCUUUGAUCAUGCAAUAAAUGCGUCAAACAAAGAUCCUUAUGGUAUAGAGCUAAAAAUAAGAAACAUUCUCUUUAAAUCAGAUUUCAAGUUUUAUGGCAAUUCAGAUAUUCAAAUAAAGGCCAUAUUUAAAGAAGCAACAAAAAAGUUUUUAUCCUUUAAAAUGCUUUUUGUUUGGGAAGGUUUGUUUUAUUUAAGAUAUGAGAGGAAUAAAUCAUUAGGUUUACUAAAACUAUCAAAAAUCAAUUUUUCUUGUCAAAAACACUUAACACCGCCAUUCUUUAAAUGGAACAAAUCAUUGGAUAAAAUUUUCAUUUUUUGGGUACUUUAACUGCCUUUAAUUGGAAAUUUUUUAUAAUGAAAAUAUUUAUUUUUAUAAAAUUAGUUUUGCCUAAUUUAAUAGCAGAAUGCCAUUUAAACAGUAUUCACACUGAAUCGAUUAAUUUUGCAUAAAAAUAAAUUAAAAUCCAAAGUAUUAUGCUCAAUUUAUAUUUUUUUAAAUUUUUUUUAAACAAAAUUGAAGACGAAAACACUAAUUUUUAUUAAAUUAGAUUUUACCUAAUUUAAUAGACAAAUGCAAGUAAUCUAUUUAAACAGUUUUUUACGUGGAAUUGAUUAAUAAUUUAAUUAUUUGUUCAUAAAAAUAAAUUAAAAAUCCAAAGUAUUGUGCUCAAAUUUAUUUUUUUAGAUUAUAAAAAUUUUUUACAGAGAAAAAAUUAAAAUAUAAAUUUUUUUAAAAAAACAGCCCACUAGAUGGGAACAUAAUUUUUUGUUCUAUUUAAAGGGGGAGAGUAAGGCUAUGGCAUAAAAUUCAUAGAAAUAUAACAAAAUUUUAUAGCUACCCUAAUAUAGAAGCUGAAUAUUUAUAUUACUAUUAUUACAAUAAGCUGAUUAAUGAAGAAUAUGAAGAAGAUUUGAUACUGAUAAGAUAUAUUCGGGAUAUUAAUCAGCUUAAUGCAAAAGAUCUAGAAGUCGCAUGUGAUCUUUGAGAGCUGUAUACAAAAUUAUCUAACGUUUCUGACUAUUCUCCAAGUUCUAUUAGCAAAUCUUGCUCAAUACUUGCCGAAACUAAAAGGAAAUAUGAAGAAAAGGCAGAAAAAAUGAUGAGAAGGCAUCACUCAGAUCCAAUAGUUCUUGAAAUAUAUGGAUCUUAUAAGGCAGAUUUUUUAGAAAAUAUUCAUGGAAAAAUGCUUUUGCAGAGAAGCAGAAGUUUAAAGAGCACAAAAAAUACAGGAGUCGAUAGAAGUCCUGGUUUAAAGCAUCAAGGAAAUGCUGUUAUGGUUGUAAGUGGAAUGUUUGGAUCUAUUGGUGAUAUUUUAUAUUUAAAUGAUGAGAUUUUAAGACUGCUAAGUAUUGAUAGUAUUGAUGAAUACCUUGGCACAAGCUUCACACAGUUUAUUCCUGCCCCUUUUGAUGUAAUGCAUAAUGAUAUUUUAAGGAGAGGUCUAAUUUUUGGCGAAAGAGUGGAGGUGCAUCGACCUAAUCUGUUUUUAAUCACUACUAGAGGACAUUGUGUAGAAGUUACAAUGCAUUUUCGUCUUUCUUUUUUUAAGCAAGUCCCUUAUUUUAUAGCAGAUUUCAAUGAAAAAGGGCAUAACAGUAAUUUAAUUCUGCAUUCUCCAGAAGGUUAUAUAUAUGCUGCAUCACAGAAUAUCAAUCAGUUAAUAGGAGAUAGAAAAGGUACUAUAUUUGAGGUUCUUAAUAAUAUUGCUUAUUAUUUUGAAAAAUAUGAGCCAGGGACCUCUUUUGAGUAUCAUGAAGAUUUUAGCUGCUUUAUGCUAACUCCUCCUUCCGUGAGCGAACAAAAAAAUGUUGUUUACUCUCAGAGAAUUCACAAAGAAUCGAGAAGUAAAAAUUAAUUUAAUUUGCGAAGUUUAUGUUUUAAAAUGAAACCUAGAGAUUUCAUUAAAAUAAUUAUUAAUUAUAUCAAUUUUUUUUUUUUCUUUCACUUACUCUUGGUAACCAAAAAAUAAGGAUUUUUUCAGUGGUUUGUCCGCUUACAGAGGGGGAAGUAAGAACUAAGCUUGAAAUUGAUGGCUCACCAUUAGAAGCAUUAUAUCUUGCAAAUGAUGCUGAUUAUUUUACUAGCAUUAAUGCACAUGAAUCUUCGCCAGCAAAAGAAAACGACGAACUAUUCAGCAAAGAUAUUGAUAAAACAGAAAUCACAGCAGUUCCAGUUGAGUUAAAUUUAAAAAGCGGGGUAGUGAGCUCAUAUACGUCAACAAUGUUUUCAAAAAUGCACAAAAAUAAAAAAAUCGAAGAGGUUGAAAGUGACAGCAAGAAAAUUAUAAAAUUUUGUAAAUCUAUGAGCAUGAAAAUUAGGGUUUCCAUAAUAUUUUUACUCGGGAUUAUUAUUUCUACUUUACUUGCUGAAAAAUAUUUAAUUAAAGAGCUAAGCUUAUCGAUUUUUAUCAAUAAUUUUGCGACAAUGAGAUUUUUGGGGGUUGGCAUUUUAUUUGACUCAAGGUCACUUGAUUUGUUGAGUAAGGACUACAACUUAUCGUACACAGAAACAGCCUAUCGAAAUUCAUUGCAGUCAAAUAUAAUAAACUUAGAAAAUGCUUUAAACUCAGUUAGUUCAGAUAUAUCUUCUUAUUCAUAUUUGACUAAUGUUUUUAUAGAAAAUGAAAUAGUUGUUACUGACUCCCUCUCCUCGAUGAGCGAACAAAAAAAUCUUGUUCGCUCGGGAGGGAGGCUAAUUUUUUUUUCAAAAUCUAAAAAAAUUCUAAUUUGUUUAAAAUCGAAAGCAAAUAAUAAUUUAAUUGGUAAAAUUUAUGUUUUAAAAUGCAAGCUGUUUAAAAUUAAUAAGAAUUUGCUUGAUAUUUCAUUAUAAUAAUUAUUACUUAUAUAUCAAUUUUUAUCCUUUAAAUUUUUCUAUUAAAUUCGCUUACGGAGGGGAGAAGUGAGCAAAUUAGCAAUGGCAUAUUUCGUGUAAAUAAAGUAAAUUUAUUUCAAGCUUUGCAAAAAAUAGUGCAAGAAGGUUCUAAAAUUUAUAAUACCGAGCUAUCAAAAUUUUCUGACGUUUAUGAUAGUUUUUAUUAUAUAUACUGAAAUUUUCCCGCGGAAACAUUUAGAUGUCUGAAUGAAAGUCUAUAUUCAACUAUAAACGAAAUGCAAGGCAAUACAUUAUCAGUAUUAGAUUUUUUAAAGAAUUUCAAAUUGCUUGUUUUUAUUCCAGCUUUACUGAUAAUUGCCCUUUCUAUUCCCGAUAUAGCUAAUCUUGAAAAAUACAACAAAAAAAAUUGAAGUAGGCUUUCAUCAUUGAAUAUAGAAAGACAAAUAGCUUUGAGAGAUAAGCUUAUUGAGAGACUGUGCGAAUUUCAUGGAAUAAUAGUAGAAGAAAUUGAGCCAAAAUACACUUCAAAAAAAUUUUAUUCAUUUAUUUGAAAAUCAUUUAUCUUUAAAAUCCUCCUAUUGGAACUCGCAAGCAUUCUAUAUUAUUUUAUUUCUAUUUAUGUGUUGCAAAGUCAGAUUAGUGAUGCAUUGAUUUCUCAAACAGACUAUAGAUUUCACUCAGGAUUGCGAAGAUCUCUUACUAAAACUACUUAUUUUUGGGCGAGAGAACAAUUUUUGGAUAAAAAUAAUGCUUCUUUUAUUACAAAUAUCUUGCAUGACGGCAGCUUCUUUCCCUCAAUUCCACACAAGUUGCAAAAUUUAAUUGAUGAUUAUGAUUAUUGCCAAGAACUCAUAAAUUACGGGUCCUUGAAGAAGUAUUAUAAUGAUGAAAUGGUAAGCCUCAUGGUUGGAAAUCCUUGCUAAUGCUAAUUUUAAUUAAGAUUAUCGAAAAUUUCCCGGUAAGCUCAAGGUUAAUCCACAUUCACUUCUGUAAUGCUCCACCGAUUGCUUGCCAAUCCGAAUGCAGGUCUUUCACUGUAUUGCUCCUCACGGACGAGGGGUUGCAUCUGCUAUCCGUGAAUUAGAGGUGCUGGGCCACCGUGCCGUACAUCAACAGGAACUGAUUUCCAGAAAAUUCGAAAACAACUUUUCUGGUCGCCUGUGUUUCAAGAUGGAUAUUCAUAGUCCAGGGCUCAAGGGCUUGUAUCGCGUUUGGAACGUUCCCGAUUGACAAGGAGGAAAUUCACUAGUGCUGCUGGGACAGCUCUUUCCAACUCAGAACUCCACCUUACUUCUAGGAAUAACUUGACCUGGAUCUGAGCAUGCGGUCCAACUAACCAAGUAAAGCCUGACUGGAUAUAUAUUUAUUCCCGAACGCCAACCUCCCUUCCACAAGGUCCCUAGGUCUCACUCAGCUAAGGUGUUAAGAGGGUGGGUUGAUUCUCCUUUUAAUGCAUAUGGUUGGAAAUCCUUGCACUCAAUUAAAUAAUACAAUAUCAAAAUGUAAAACCAGUUAUAUAAGCAUGGGAAUAGUUCCAUCUAUAAAACUUUAUAUAAACGAGAUAAAAAGAGUACAAAGCUACAAUAGAAAUGACUGAAAAGAAAUUAUCAAAUUAGAGCAGUAUUCAAAAUUGAUAUGUAGUUCGGUAGGCUCAAUGGUAAAUAUUUUUAUGAAUACAACAGAUAGCCACAUCGAUGAUAAUUUGAACAAUCUGAUUAUUACAACUUUAUUUUAUUUUUUACUUAUGUUAAUUAUUGCAGCUCUUAUAGUUUUUACAGCUGUAAAUAGAAUGAAAAAUGACUUGAUUGACAAAAUUGAAAUUCUAAAGUAUUUUGAGUAA